AUGAAAGAAAGGAAAGACGAUCCUUUUAUGUGGUCUGUCCUCAACGAGCGCCAGUUAGCCAUCAAAAAGUGCGCUAACUCAGUGUACGGUUUCACGGGCACCAAGGAAAAUGGAUUGCUGUCCUGCGUUGAAAUCGCUCGAUCUGUGACGGCCUACGGGAGGACCCUGUUGAACAAGACCAUUGAUUACGUGGAGAAGUUUGCCCAGCACACCGUGAUUUACGGAGAUACCGAUUCGGUGAUGAUUCUCUGUCGAGGCAAAACAGUAGCCGAAGCCAUGAACAUGGGCGAAAUUCUGGCCGAGCGCAUUUCCGAUCUCUUCCCUCACCCCAUACGAUUGGAGUUUGAGAAGGUAUACAGACCUUAUAUUCUUGUGGGAAAGAAAAGGUAUGCAGGUGCCAUGUACUCUGCGAACCCGGAGUCGCACGACAAGAUUGACAUCAAGGGACUAGACACUGUACGCAGAAAUUGUACGCUGUACGUGUCGCGAAUCACGAAAGACUGCAUUCAAGACAUCAUCGAGAAAGGGAACAUCGAUGCCGCAGUAGAGAGAGCCAGGAAGGCCGUUGAUGACCUACUCUCAGGUGGCGUGGACGCUGCAGAGCUGAUCUUGUACAGGACGCACGCCAAGAAGAAGUACAAGAGUGCACAGGCGCACUUGUGUGUCGUCGACAAAAGGAUCGCAAGGGGUGGCGAACCGGCAAAAGUGGGUGAUCGUAUUCCUUACGUCAUAUGCAAGGAAUGGGUGACGGACGAAGAGGAACUCCAAAAGCAGCGUAAAGACCGACCGCAUGAAUUCGCUGAGGGCGAGAAUAGGGCGGUGCAGCGCAAAGUCGCGUACAGGGCAGAAGACCCGGAUUACGUUAGAGAAAAAGGCUUGUCCAUUGACUACGCUUACUACGAGUGCAAACAGCUAAAGAGGCCUCUACUCAGAUUGUUUGGACCUGUACUAGGUGGGGAGAAGAAGGCCGCCAGCAAAAUAUGGCCCACCAACAACUAG